AUGGGUUUCACUUCUGCACGAGGGGUACUCACCUUACUGGUAUUGACUGCUUCCAUGUUAGCAGUUGGUUUGGCAAGCAGAUCCAUCGCAGGCAGGCCUGCAAACUAUUGGAAUUUCGGCUUCAAACACAGCUUUUGGGGUCCCAGAAAUGGUCAUCUAUUCCACCCCAAUAAUAAUAAUACUACUCGACCUCCCAAGAAGUUCAUCGUCGGUGGAUCGGAGCACUGGCGCUAUGGCUUUAACUACACUGACUGGGCUCUCAAUAACGGUCCCUUCUACGUUAAUGAUACUUUAGUGUUCAAGUAUGAUCCUCCAAGCAAGACAACAUUUCCUCACAGUGUAUACUUGCUGCCAAACCCUUGGAGCUUCUUGACAUGCGACCUCAGCAAGGCGGAGCAGGUGGCUACGGUGGCUCAAGGAGGCGGGGAGGGUUUCGAGUUUGUGGUGAAGAACUGGUGGCCUCACUACUUUGCCUGCGGAGAACACGAUGGGUUGCACUGCAAAGAGGGGAUGAUGAAGUUCUUUGUGAUGCCGCUGCUUGGUCCUUACCAUGGCUGAUCAAUGGAGAAUUGGCCAGGGAAGAAGAAGAUGCAGUGCUCCAGUGUUUCAGGCUUUUGUUAAUUUGGAAACAAUAAGAUUUGAGUUGUGGGAGGAUUUAAUCCUAGAAUAUAUAGCAAUAUUGAUCAUCAGUACUGUUUGUAUGCUGCUGAUUUGCUUCAUAUGUUUUAGAAAAAUAAAAACACACACUAAUUUUAUUAA